GUGAUAUUCGUGUCAUGUGGUAGGCAAGCAUGAGUUGCACACACAGAUUGCUUCUAGGAAUCCAGCGUCCUUCCCGCACCUUGCAACGCCCUUGUGGAAGGCCCUGAUGCAAUGGAGACUUUGCGUCGCGGCCGCUGCUGUGCUGCUGGCUUUGCACGCGCUUCGACGCUUGGAGGAAGACGUCAUCCCAAAGCCCUGGGCGCUCGAAAGCCUGGAGCAAUCAGGAACUGCGCCCGAACACGCACCCGAAGCUCCGGUGCCAUCGCAAGACUUGACAAGGGUGCCGAGCCACGCAGAACUGGAAAAGGCGAAGUGGCGUCCUCCGGACUUUGGCCAAGUGCCAGUGCUGGAUGAUGCGAUCUGGCAGGCUAGCUUGGAUGGAUGUGCACAAAACUCCACUUUGCACGCAUUCUUGCAGCGCCUGUUGCAGAACCAGACCAUAACGAUCCAAGUAUAUGGUGGGAGCAUGACGUAUGGUAUGGGUUGCUGUGCGCCAUAUUCCUGCGACAGGUGGGUCGACUGCUCCUGGGGCGCCCAGCUGCAGUCGGCCCUUGAGCAGCUGCGCCCGGGGCGCGUGCGGCUCGAGCACCGCGCGAGGCGGGGCUGCAACCUCCCCUGCGCGCUGCCGGAGGUGGUGCUGGCUCAGCGGGGAUCUUUCCGGGCUCCGGAUCUGAUCAUCCUGGACUUCGGGCAGAAUGGCUGGGGCGGGAGCCCCGAGAACCUCGAAGAGUUCAUCCGGGUGUGUCACCUCUUCAUGCCCCAGACCCUGCUGCUGAUCAUAUGGAACAAGGACAUGACCAAUCUGGAUCCUUCCAAGGGUGAUAUCAAGAACUUGCAGAGCUGCCGUGCACUCUCAGGCCACUACGGUAUUCCCCUACUCAACUUCCAGGCUGCCAUGGAAGAGUACACACGUCAGGGGGGCAACUGGUCACAGCUUUGGCCCCGGGUGCUUCCUGAAGAACAUCACCCUCCCUGGCGAACUCAUGCCUACUUUACGGACAUGCUGGCUUAUUGGUUCAAUCGCCAGCUGGGCAGCUCAGAAAGCUCGCUGCAACUUGCGCCGGUGCUGCGUCAGCCUGAUGACCUGAACGUGGAUCAGGCUUGGAUUCCGCCAUUGUACAAUGUGAAGCUGGAGAAGAUCCAGGUUUGCCUCUUCCCUUUGACUUCCCACGUGGCGCGUGAGCCAAACGGCAGCCCUACAAGGAGCCCAGAAGGCCGCUGGCAGCUAUACGAGGAUCGGCGCGACAAGCCAGGCUGGAUUACCAUGGAGCCUUCCUCUGACAAGCUGCGUUUCGAGGUGAACUUCAGCCGAAAAGCCCGGGUGGUGAUACAGUACCUGCGAUCAUAUGCGAACAUUGGAACUGCGGAGGUUGAAAUUGAAGGCUCAUGGCUUUGGCAGCACGAUGGGAAGAACCUGCAGGGCGGGAAGGGCCGGAGUUUCAGAGCGGCGGCGGAGUGGGGGCACCGCAUCUCCGUGACGCAGACGGUCAUGCUGAUUGGCGCGAGCUUGCCAAAUGCGAGCUGGGAGACGGGCGCUGUCUCCUUCCGACUCGCAGAUGGCCCCAAGUUCAAGGUUAUCUCCGUGAUCUCGUGCUGAUCGCUUCAGCUGCCCCACGUCUCGGGCCACUUGAAGCACGGCGCCAGCCGUGUGCGACGACGGACGGCCUGUCGAGCUCGCGAAGAUGGACCGCAUGGCCCACUAGGCAAACGACAAGUUGUCAAAAAGGGGGGGCGACAAAUCCACUUGUGUGGUGGGUUGGGAAGCCAACGACAAGACCAGGUUUUGGGCUUGGCAUUUAAACUCAGCAAAGUCAGCUGCGAUUUGGGGACAACUGCACCGGGGGCACAAGGCUCAGCCGAUGUCAAGGUAAGC